AUGGGUUAUGUUUCUUCAUCAACUGCGUUGGCAGAAAAGAUUUCUUGGUACUGUGCUUUGUUGAUGGCACUGAUGCUGGUUUUGAGCUGCUGUGAAGUGAGUGAAACCGAGUUGGCCAUGAUUGGGCACCCAAAGUUCUUUGAGAACAAGCCAUGCGAUGAGAUUUAUGUGGUUCGAGAAGGUGAGACUUUACAUACCAUUAGUGAAAAAUGUGGGGAUCCUUAUAUCGUUGAGGAAAAUCCACACAUUCAUGACCCAGAUGAUGUUUUCCCUGGCCUGGUCAUCAAGAUUACCCCUUUCAUCGAUAGAUACAAGUGA